AUGCUCCAAACCGCCCGCAACGGAGGUAGCAUAACACCCCGCUACACGAAAAUCAUCAAGCACCACGCAUCCCAAAACCGCGCCUCCAUCCACCCCUACACGAAGAUAAAAGCCCACGAAUACAACCCAGACACACAAACCUGGUCUCUAACAACCGACCCACCAAUCCCAGAUCUCCCGGAAAUUGACUACAUCUACUUCGCGACGGGGGCACGGGCCGACGUGCGUGAGAUGCCGUUGCUACGCCAGAUGAACGAGCAGUACCCGAUCGAUGUCAAGGGUGGCUUUCCCUGUUUGACGAACGAUCUGGCGUGGAGGGAUGACGUACCUUUGUUCGUGACGGGGCGCAUGGCGGCUCUCCGAUUGGGGCCUGGGGCGCCGAAUUUGGAGGGCGCGAGGGUGGGUGCUGAGCGGGUUGCGUGGGGUAUGGAGGAGGUGUUGGGGAAGGGGAGGGAGGUUGGUGGGCAGUGUGAGGGGUUUUGUGGGCUUGGGAAUCGGUAUGCUUCGUUGCUUGGGGAGUGUGAUUGA